GGGGAUCGCAGCAGGCUGAGGGGGAGGUGCGGGUGGGUAGGAGGGACAGGUCUGGGCAGCGCUCGGUGGUUGGCACCAGUUCGCACACCCAUUGAAGCGGCAAGACGCACUUGUCCUAGCAGUUCUCGCCGACCGCGCUAGCUGCCGCUUCUGCGCUCCCGCAGCCUGAGCUCAUCAGCAAACGCCCUGGCGUCCGUCCUUACCAUGCCGAGCCUUUGGGACCGCUUCUCGUCAUCCUCCUCCUCUCCGUCGUCCUUGUCCCGAACUACCACCCCCGAUCGGCCGCCACGCUCAGCCUGGGGCUCGGCGGCCCGCGAGGAGGGGCUUGACCGCUGCGCGAGCCUGGAGAGCUCGGACUGCGAGUCCCUGGACAGCAGCAACAGUGGCUUCGGGCCGGAGGAAGACUCGGCAUACCUGGAUGGGGUGUCGCUGCCCGACUUCGAGCUGCUCAGCGACCCCGAGGAUGAGCGCCUGUGUGCCAACCUGAUGCAGCUGCUGCAGGAGAGCCUGGCCCAGGCGCGGCUGGGCUCGCGGCGCCCCGCGCGCCUGCUGAUGCCUGGCCAGCUGGUGAGCCAGGUGGGCAAGGAACUGCUGCGCCUGGCUUACAGCGAGCCGUGCGGCCUGCGGGGGGCGCUGCUGGACGUCUGCGUAGAGCAGGGCAAGAGCUGCCACAGCGUGGGCCAGCUGGCCCUCGACCACAGCCUGGUGCCCACCUUCCAGCUGACCCUCGUGCUGCGCCUGGACUCACGCCUCUGGCCCAAGAUCCAGGGGCUGUUCAGCUCUGCCAACUCUCCCUUCCUCCCUGGCUUCAGCCAGUCUCUGACGCUGAGCACCGGCUUCCGAGUCAUCAAGAAGAAGCUGUAUAGCUCCGAGCAGCUGCUCAUUGAGGAGUGUUGAACUUCAACCUGGGGGGCCGACACUGCCCCCCAUGGCAGAAACAACUGAACUUUUGGGGUGCAGAUUAGCAGGCAGGAGCUGAGGGACAGAUGCCUGUCGUUAGCAAACUGACAACAGCCACCUGAGGGGAGGAAGGUGGAGGCGGGAGAACAUAGUGUUUCCUAGGAAGCUGACUGGGCUGUGUGCAGGUGGCUUGGAGUUGGGGGCACAUGCCCUACAGUACUGUAGCAUGAAACAAAGGCUUAGGGGCCAACCAGGCUUCUGGCUGGAUGUGUAUGUAGCAUGUAUCUUAUUCUUCUUAUUGUUACUGACAGUUACAAGACGACAGUGGUGUGACAGAGCCAGGGAAGCAGCUGGGCUGCUCGGGCCUCUGCUAGGGAUGUGUGCUCACGGUAGCAGCGGAGGGAGGGGGGAGGUCAUGGAGGUGGUUUGUGUAUCUCCUGGUCUGAGGGGACCAAGUAUGUUUGUUGUUUGUUUUGUAUCUUUUGUUUUUUCUGAUCAGAGCUUCACUACUGACCUGUUCUAGGCAGCUAUCUUACAGACGCAUGAAUGUAAGAGUAGGAAGGCGUGGGUGUUGGGAUCAGUUGGGAUCUUUGACACUUGAAGAAAAAAACCCACCUGAGAGCUGCGUUCAACCCAUUCCCCACCCCCAUGUACUGCAGAGCUGAGCUGUGAGGGGAAGGGGCCAAUGGGGGUGGGGCUGGAACCCCUCCCCCAGAGGAGUGCCAUCUGGGUCUUCCAUCUAGAACUGUUUACAUGAAGAUACUCACUGUUCAUGAAUACACUUGAUGUUCAAGUAUUAAGACCUAUGCAAUAUUUUUUACUUUUCUAAUAAACAUGUUUGUUAAAAC